CUAAUAUUAUAUAACACAAAAUGGGCGAAUAAACAUCCACAAAGGCACAUGCACGGGAGGUGACACCAACCACACCAAGAAAAAGUUUAUCCUAACCUUUAUAUUCAUGAAACAAAUAGAUAUCAGCUGCACUCAUACAUCAGAACACAGAGGAAAAACAUCAAUGGAGGAAGAAGACAAAGUUACCAACACUAUUCAAUUCCAAAAAGGAGCUAAGCAAAUUCCUUUAGAUUGGCCUAAACAAGCAUGGACACAUCUCGAAUUAGUUCGUCAAAAAUCGCCAUUAGUUCAAUGUAUAACCAAUUUCGUUUCAAUGGAUUUCAUGGCCAAUAUUCUGUUAUCCGCCGGCGGAUCGCCGGCGAUGAUUCAUUCCGUUGAUGAAAUCCUUGAAUUUACUCCAAAAGCCCUUGGAGUUUGCAUAAAUGCCGGAACUCUCACUCCUGACUGGCUACCGGGUAUGAAAUUGGCGGCACAGGUGGCGAAUCAAUCGAAAAAGCCUUGGGUGCUUGAUCCUGUAGCUGCUGGUGGGUCAAGUUUCCGGUUAAAGGCGUGUUUGGAGCUAUUUGAUCUAAAGCCUAGUGUUGUUAGAGGCAAUGGGUCUGAAAUUCUUGCUCUUUUUAAGGGUUGUGUUGACUCAAAUUCCAAGGGUGUGGAUAGUGUACACGGUUCAAGUGAUGCUGUUGAGGCUGCAAAAACACUUGCUCAACAAAGUGGUAGUGUAGUUGCUGUUUCUGGAGCUGUUGACUAUAUCACAGAUGGUGAUAGGGUCGUUUGUGUGCAUAACGGAGUUCCUAUGUUGCAAAAAAUUACUGCAUCUGGAUGUUCUGUCACUGCCCUUAUUGCUGCCUUUGUUGCAGUUGAUCCAUCCCACGCUGUUGAAGCGACAGCUUCUGCAUUGGCUAUCUUUGGUGUCGCGAGUGAGAUAGGGAUGGACAUGGCUAGAGGUCCAGCUUCAUUGCGGACACUAUUGAUUGAUUCGUUAUAUGGACUUGAUGAAGCCACUGCACUUGGUCGAGUAAGAAUCAACCACUUUUAAUGCUUAGAGGAGAAAUGAAUGUGUGCAUUGUCCGUUAAACCAAAUGUGAAGAUUUUAGCAUCAAGUAUAUGUCAAAUAGUCAGCUCAUAUUAUUUUACUGGAAGAUUUUUUACGUCCUUGAACCCGUAAUAAAAGCAUGCAACAAGAGAAGGUGAUGAUUGCCUAAAGUCCACAAAACUCACUUAGGCUUUCAUAUACAUAUUCCUCCAAGAAAAAAUUCUACAUCUUGUGUUUGUAUAUAUUAUUACUGUACUCUUAUAAAUAAGAGGCUUGAGGCACACAUGUGUGCUUCUUGGAAUUAACUUUGCAUUAAAGGAUAGUUUUGUCAUUUAAGUUUUUCCUCUUACAA